AUGUUCAAGGAUGAAUACCAACCUGGAGAGCUUGUUCUAGUGGGGAAUACUCAGGUUGAAAAAGAGCUGGAUCAUAAAGCAAAGCCUUGUUACAAUGGCCCUUAUGAAGUUGUGCAAAGUACUAAAGGAGGAUUAUACAUUCUAAAAGAAAUAGAUGGAUCAGUAUCACAAAGAGGAAUUGCAGAAUUUUUCCUACUUCCCUAUUUCCCCUGCCACUCCAUGCCUCUCUUGGACAAGCUGGAUGACCAUGAUAAAGACCUAGAUGAACCAGAAGAUGAACCUGACUAUGAGCAUGACGACUCAGAUGAUAAAGAUAAUGAUUAA